CGGAACAUAUCACUCCAGAGAUGAAAGCACAGAUAGUGGACUUAGCAUGAGCAGUUAUAGUGUACCCAGAACCCCCGAUGACUUCCUGAACAGUGUUGAUGAGAUGGAUACAGGUGACAGUAUCAGCCAAAGCAACAUACCGUCCCAUCAGAACCGUUUCCCAGACUACCUUGAAGCCAUUCCAGGGACAAAUGUGGACCUUGGGACACUGGAAGGAGAUGGGAUGAAUAUAGAAGGAGAAGAACUGAUGCCAAGUCUGCAAGAAGCUUUGAGCUCUGACAUCCUUAACGACAUGGAAUCUGUCUUGGCAGCCACCAAGCUAGAUAAAGAGAGUUUUCUUACUUGGUUAUAGGGGCCUCAGGGAGACUGAAUUCUAAAUCUGUGAAGGAUCUAAGGAGAUUAGGACAUCUGUAUCUGAAGUUCAGAACAAGCCGGUGUGGCACACUUUGGCUUGUGUUCAGAAAAAGUAAAUGAACAAAUAUUCAACAAGAUUCUUUCACUUUGCUCUUCCUUGUCCAUCGCUGCUGUUAUAUAUUGCUGACUUUUUUCCACAGUUGACUCUGAAGAACAGACAUCUUCUUGAUCUUUUUUCUAUUGCUGUUGCAACUACUGUUCGGGGGGGUGGGGAGGGAUGAUGAGCCUGUUUGGAUGACGAAUGCCAUUCCUUUUGUCCUAGUGUGCGCUUGCAUAUCAUUUUAUCUAAGUACUCAGAUGUGAGAGUUAAUUUCUGCAUGUCACUGCUUGUAGUUUGCUCAGCUAGUUGUCUCCUGCUGCCUGUGGCAAGUGGUAAAACAUGACAUACUGGGGUGACAAGCCAAAAAUGAUGUAUCUGGUCAAAAGAAGUCAAUACUGAUUUGGAGAUACGACUUAAAGGAGGGCUGAAGACUGUUAAUUGUUUCUACUAGUAGCUCUUUCAUUAGUCACAAAGUGCUCUUGUUCAUACUUUAUGUUAUAGUAAAUCAUGAGUCAUUUUACAUAGAAACAUAUAUGAACUUUGAUUGUUGCCACAUAUUCUAGCCUAACUUUUGUUUGUCAAAAAUAGGUUGAUUAUUUUCGUUAGUUGGUUUAACUGUAGCUGUAGGAUGGGAAGUAAUUAUAGGUGUUCUUUUUUAAAAAAAAAUAGUGAAAUCUAAGGUUUUUUUCUGAUUUCACAUAGUCUUAUUUAAUUCUGAAUUGUCUGCUUUUUUUAUACUUAAAACAUGCCUAUUGUAGCCUGAUAAGCUAGUGAGUACAUAAACCAGUAUGUUUUGCCUGUAACUUUUUUAUUUUUUAAAGGCUAGCUUUGAAUGUAAUCAUUAGAAUUCAUGACCAGUGGCUUAUUUUUCAUGUCUAUUUACAAAGUUUUGAAUUAGCAUC